AUUCUCCAGCUUCUGGAGACUCUUCUCCCGCUGUCGGACCUUGAGGCCCGUGUCAAUGUGGCGGUGGAUCUAAUCACCUCCAGCCACAAGGGCAUCAGCCGAGAAUUGCUGCACUUUGCAGCCACCACCUUCUACUACAAACUAAAGGCUGCUGAUAGCUAUGUGCCAGCAACAAAAUACCAUGGCAAUGUGACACUACUGCGUGCCAAAACCAGCAGCGACUAUGAACAAAACCUGGGAACAGACUACAAGCUCAGCGAGGUAUGUGAUGGCAAGGUGUCAGUCCACGUCAUUGAGGGAGACCACCGUACAUUCCUGGAAGGAGAGGGGGUGGAGUCCAUCAGUAGCAUCAUCCACAGUUCACUGGUUGAGCCACGGGUCACAGCAAGAGAGGGCUAGAUAUGUUAUACCUAAUCACAGCCUUCACCUCACACUAAUUUCACAAGUACAUAAAUGCAUUCCCACAGUAAGUCUUUGCAGACAGCAGGUUUACAUUGUGUGCCAUUUUUCACUAACAUCCCAAAUGCACCUUAUUCUUCCCCCCACACAAUAGAUACUCUCUAACCUACCCUAAUCUUAACUGUGCUGUCUGUGUAGUAAAAAUAAUAAAAAGUGUUAUAAAUAAGAGUAAUGUUAUUGAAGAAUGGUCACAUUGAAUGACCUCCUGAUCUAUAAAACCGGUAGUUUUGAUAAGACAUCAUGAAAAGACAAUUAACAAAAUUAUCAUUAUUCCUUAAAUACUGUCAUGCCCUGAUACUAAUGGAUAUAAUUAUGCAUGUUUGUAACUUUACCACUGUCAAAUUGUUGGACUUCAAAAUGCCUUUGUUUAACACAGAGCCCCUUGGUUGUUGUGCAGCUUCAAUGCAACAAACAUGCAAAUCAUGUCAUUGGCUUUGCCUUUCAAUACAUUAUUUUUGGGUUAACAGCCACAAGGUCAGUGAUGCUGUUCUGAUUCCAAAAACCUGUGACACUGUAUUAACAAUAUUUUAAUAGUGAUGUACUUAAUAUGUUUGGAACAUAAAUGUCUCACUUAAUUUAGCAUCUUUUCCCAAAUUGGCUUGUAGAUUGUAAAUGAAUAGUAAGGCACCUGUUGAAUGCGGACAUACCUGAACAGCAAGUCUCUGAGCAGCAGGGGAUCCUCUCUGUCCUGGGAUCUUUGCUGAAAGGCUGUCCUCCCAGAGCUGUCUCUGACUCCCAUGAUCUCACCUGGAUUCAUAACCCAAAACCAGCAGCCCAGUCCCACAAAAGAACAGUCAACCUGACUUCUGAGGCCUCUAAUCUGGUCUAUGAAGGGUCACGUUACUUGAGGCAAAUGUGGUGAUUGAUUGCAGUGAAAAGGAGAAGGAUGUGACAGUACUGUGUAUGCUCUUUGCUCAUAUUGUAAUAUUUUCAGUAUGCAUUGUGACAACUAAUAAAGGCAUCUCACAAAGUUC